AUAAAAAUAAUGGAUUUUCUUAAUCACAAAUAAUGAAUUUUCCAAGUUUAAUCACAAAUCCACAGAUCAGUGGGUAUAUUUAGUAUUGUAGUAUAAAUAGGACCUCUAUGGUUGCCCGAAUGCACAUAUGACAUAACAAACAACAAUAUUCUACGUAGUACUUCAUAGAAUUAUCCAAGAUGAUGAUGAAAAAAAUGGGGGCUUGGAUGUUGCUAGCAUUAUUGACUUUGGUUGGCGACUGGUGUGGUCGUUGUUAUGGGUGCUUGGAGGAUGAGAGAAUUGGUCUCUUAGAGAUCAAAGCUUUGAUCCACCCAAAUGACCUUUCCUUGGGAGAUUGGGUGGAGUACAGUAGUAAUUGUUGUGAGUGGUCUCGGAUCGAGUGUGAUAACACUACAAGGCGAGUGAUCCAACUCUUUCUUUUUGAAGCAUGGGAUCAGAGCUUGGGGGAUGGGGUUCUCAACGCAUCUUUGUUUCUGCCUUUUAAGGAAUUGCAACGUCUUGAUUUGAGUUAUAAUGGACUGGUUGGUUGCUCUGAGAAUCAAGGCUUCGAAGUCCUAUCAUCAAAACUGAGGAAACUGGAGGUACUUCACCUAAGUGAGAACCAAUUUAAUGAUGAUAAGAGCAUUUUAUCAUGCUUCAAUGGGCUUUCAUCUCUCAAGUCUUUGGAUCUGUCAGCCAAUGAGGAGAUCACAGGAUCAGGUCUCAAAGUCCUGUCAUCAAGGUUGAAAAAGCUGGAGACCCUUGACCUGAGUGAAAAUCAUUGCAACGAUAGCAUUUUUUCAUCUCUAAGUUGGUUUUCAUCUCUCAAGUCUUUGGAUCUGUCAUACAAUGAGGUGAUCACAGGAUCAGGUAGCCUCGAUGGUCUCAAAGUCCUGUCAUCAAGGUUGAAAAAGCUGGAGAACCUUCACCUAUAUGGGAAUCACUGCAACGAUAGUAUCUUUUCAUAUCUAAGUGGGUUUUCAUCUCUCAAGUCUUUGGGUCUGUCAGGCAAUCAGCUGACAGGAUCAGGUAGCUUCGAUGGUCUCAAAGUCCUGUCAUCAAGGUUGAAAAAGCUGGAGAACCUUGACCUGAGUUGGAAUCAAUGCAACGAUAGCAUCUUUUCAUCUAUAACUGGGUUUUCAUCUCUCAAGUCUUUGGAUCUGUCAGACAAUCUGCUGACAGGAUCAUCUACUGGUAUCAAUAGCUGGUGUGAACUGAAGAAUCUUGAACAGCUACUUCUAUCCGGAAACAAUCUAAAGGGCGUACUCCCUCCUUGUUUGGGAAAUCUAUCAUCUCUACGAUCCUUGGAUUUAUCUUACAACCAAUUGGAGGGAAAUAUUGCCUCUAGUCACCUUUCCCAUCUUACGCAGCUUGAACAACUCUCAGUUUCAAAUAACUACUUUCAAGUUCCAAUAUCAUUUGGUUCAUUUAUGAACCUCUCCAACAUCAAGUUCAUUGUAUGCGAUAACAAUGAGCUAAUAGCUGCACCCAGUUCUCAGCCUUUAGUUCCAAAGUUCCAGCUUCGUUUCUUUAGUUCUUCAAACUGUACUCCAAAACCACUCGAGGCUGGAUUUCCAAACUUCCUGCGUAGCCAACAUGAUUUGGUGUUUGUUGAUCUAUCCCACAACAAAUUCGUUGGACAACCUUUCCCAUCUUGGCUGUUUAAGAAUAAUACAAAGUUAGAUCGACUAUAUUUGAGAGACACCUCAUUUAUAGGCGGUCCUUUGCAGCUGCCACAACAUCCAACACCCAACCUUCAGACAGUAGAUAUGUCUGGCAACAACAUACAUGGUCAAGUUGCAAGAAACAUAUGUUCGAUUUUUCCACGUUUGAAGAACUUCAUGAUGGCUAACAACAACCUUACAGGUUGUAUUCCUCCUUGUUUUGGGAAUAUGAGCUCUCUCAAAUACUUGGAUCUUUCCAACAAUCACAUGUCUUGUGAACUGCUUGAGCAUCAUUUGCCAACAGUAGGCUCCACGUUGUGGUUUUUGAAGCUGUCCAAUAACAAUUUCACAGGGCGAUUACCACUCUCUGUGUUCAACAUGACUGGCCUAGAGUACCUCUUUCUCGAUGGAAACAAAUUUGCAGGACAAGUAUCGGGUACCUUUUCUCUUGCACCAUCAUUUUCGUGGUUUGAUAUCAGUAACAAUCUUUUGUCGGGCAUGCUUCCAAGGGGAAUUGGGAACUCGUCACUAAACGGCUUUGCUCAGGCAAUUGAUAUGUCCAGAAAUCAGUUUGAAGGUACCAUUCCAAUAGAAUAUUUCAAUUCUUAUGGGCUUCAAUUUUUAGAUCUUUCUGAAAACAAUCUGUCUGGGUCUUUGCCGUUGGGCUUCCAUGCAUCAGAUUUAGGCUAUCUCCACCUUUACAGAAAUCAAUUGAGCGGUCCACUGCCACAUGCUUUUUGUAAUCUCUCUUCGUUGGUUAUAUUUGAUCUCGGCGAUAACAACUUAACUGGGCCCAUUCCAAAUUGGAUUGAUAGCCUUUCGGAAUUGAGCAUUUUCGUUCUCAAAUCUAAUCAAUUCAAUGGGAAACUUCCUCCUCAGUUAUGCUUGUUAAGGAAAUUAAGCAUAUUGGAUCUUUCAGAAAAUAAUUUUUCUGGUCUGUUACCCUCAUGUUUGAGCAGUUUAAAUUUUACGGCAUCAGAUGAAAAAACUUCGGUUGAACCUGGUGGCACGUCACAAGAUCUUGAAAGCCAGGAUGAAAAAUUUCCAUCCAUAGGUUCUAAGUAUCUUGCUGACAAAAUUUUGUGGGCAAAGAUUGAUGUAAAAAUAGCUGUGGAGCUUAGAGCAAAGAAAAAUUUCUACACUUACGAAGGCGGUAUCCUUCGAUACAUGUCUGCUAUGGAUCUCUCUUGUAACAGAUUCACUGGAGAAAUCCCGACAGAAUGGGGAAACUUAAGUGGGAUAUUUGCUCUAAAUCUGUCACAAAAUAAUCUCAAUGGAUUGAUCCCUUCAUCCUUCUCCAAUCUGAAGCAAAUAGAGAGCUUGGAUCUUUCUCACAACAACUUGAAUGGGAGAAUUCCUGCACAACUCGUUGAACUGAUGUUUCUAGCAGUUUUCAACGUGUCGUACAAUAAUUUGUCAGGAAGAACACCGGAGAUGAAAUAUCAAUUUGGUACCUUUGAUGAGAGCAGUUAUAAAGGGAAUCCUCUUCUUUGUGGACCUCCAUUGCAAAACAGUUGCGACAAAACAGAAUCACCAUCAGCGAGAGUGCCUAACGAUUUCAAUGGAGAUGGUGGCUUCAUAGACAUGUACAGUUUCUAUGCCAGCUUUGGUGUGUGUUACAUAAUUGCGGUGUUGACAAUUGCAGCAGUACUGUGCAUAAAUCCGCAUUGGCGACGCAGGUGGUUUUACUUCAUUGAAGAAUGCAUCGACACUUGCUACUGCUUUUUGGCUAUAAACUUUCGCAAGUUGUCCAGAUUCAGAGGGUGAUUGGGUCUUAUCAUGAUCGAGUGGGCUGCUUUCUGAAUUUGUUGCAAUCCUCUGUGGGGAAGCAGUCGCAUUCCAAAUCAAUGGUUGCUCACAACAUGUUUAGCAAUUUGCCUGUGAGAAGUGCUCUGUCGAAGUGUCUGGUUCUUGUUGCUUAGCCUUUCUGUUGUGACAUGACUUGUGUUUGUCAUUGUGCUUGUAUCCAUAUUUGUUUGUUUCGUUGUUAUGUCUUAAUUAUGUUGCGUUUUGGUCUUAGAUUUGGAGAAUGAGCAACUAACCAAUAUUUCUUGGAUUCUUGUGAUUACUAUAUCCCUAAUAAUAUGGAAUUUAUUCACAA